AGCCCCGGCUCCCUCCGGCCCCUCGUUCAAACAAUGUCCUCCAGUGAGCGAAGCCCAGAGAGCCUCUGAUCACACCGGAGCCUUGGAUUUAUUUCAAGGAAAAUUCACCCGGAAACUGAGCAGUGACACCGUGAUCCUGAGCAUAUGCCCCUGGAAAAGCUAGGGAUGAGCACCUCUCUGGGCUACAAGUCCUUCUCCAAAGAGCAACAGACCAUGGAUAACCUGGAGAAGCAGCUGAUCUGCCCCAUCUGUUUGGAGAUGUUCACCAAGCCGGUGGUCAUCCUGCCCUGCCAGCAUAACCUGUGCAGGAAAUGUGCCAGUGAUAUUUUCCAGGCCUCGAACCCCUACCUGCCCACCAGGGGAGGCACAACCGUGGCUUCGGGAGGCCGGUUUCGCUGUCCUUCCUGCAGGCAUGAAGUGGUCCUUGACCGGCAUGGUGUGUAUGGGCUGCAGAGGAACCUGCUGGUGGAGAACAUCAUUGAUAUAUACAAGCAGGAGUCCACAAGGCCUGAAAGAAAGUGUGACUUGCCAAUGUGUGAAGAGCAUGAAGAUGAGAGAAUCAAUAUCUAUUGUUUGAACUGUGAAAUACCCACCUGCUCCUUGUGCAAAGUCUUUGGUGCCCACAAAGACUGUCAGGUUGCUCCUCUCACAAACGUUUAUCAGCAACAGAAGUCCGAGCUGAGUGACGGCAUCGCAGUCCUGGUGGGCAGCAAUGACAGAGUGCAAGGGAUAGUCACGCAGCUGGAGGAGACCUGCAAGACAGUUGAAGAAUGCAGCAGACGACAGAAGGAGCAGCUGUGUGAAAAAUUUGAUUAUCUCUAUUCUGUACUGGAAGAAAGAAAAAAUGAGAUGACACAAAUAAUCACUAGAACCCAGGAGGAGAAACUGGAACAUGUCCGCUCCCUGAUGAAGAAGUAUGCGGAUCAUUUGGAAGCUGUCUCUAAGCUGGUUGAGUCAGGAAUCCAGUUCAUGGAAGAACCAGAAAUGGCCGUGUUUUUGCAGAAUGCAAAAACAUUGCUCCAAAAAAUUACUGAAGCAUCUAAAGGAUUUCAGAUGGAAAAAAUAGAAGAUGGGUAUGAAAAUAUGAACCAAUUCACAGUGAACCUCAGUAGAGAAGAAAAGAUAAUAAGAGAAAUUGAUUUUGACAGAGAGGAGGAGGCAGAAGAGGAAGAGGAGGAGACGGUAGAAGGGGAAGAUCUGGAUGAAGUCCACACAGAAUCAUCAGGAGAGGAGGGGGAGGAAGAAGAGAAGGAGGAAGAGGAAGGAGCUGAGAGAGCAGCACAGUCAUCUCAGCAGGACCCUGAACCGCAGAGUGCAGUGGGUGAGCCCCCAGCCGAACCUGUCCCAGUGCCGCUGCCCGCUACCCCGGCUGGCCAGGAUGGGGUUGUGACACCAAGUGGUUCUCAACAGACUGCAGAGUCUGACAGUCAAGUGCCACCUGCAGCAGAAACCAUCGAUCCCUUGUUUUACCCUAGCUGGUAUAAGGCUCAGCCACGGCCAGCAAGCAGUCCAAGCUCAGCCCCAGAGAGUGAGCUGGGGAAAGUUUCUCCGGUAACGAGUGCAAAGAAGGCAGAAGCCUCUGAAGUGCCAGCAGUGGAGGAGAGCGCACCAGGGAGUGGUAAGGAAAGUAAUGCCACUGCGGAGACAUCCAAGGCUGCUUCUGAGCCAUCCCCUGCAGGGCGAGCGGAGGCCGCUGCCGGGAGCAGCGAGCAGAGCACUGAGCCGACCAGACACGUCUUCUCCUUCUCCUGGCUGAAUUCCCUGACCGAGUGAGGACCUGGAGGGGCCACCCGGGGUCAGCACAGGAGCGGGCCCAGGAGGGGACACCUGAGCAGGUCAUGCUCCCAGGAGCCCACUGACCUCCACCCACGUCGUACCUAGCCCUGGAGACAGCAGUGUCCUGGAAGGGACGGGAGCAUGGGGACAAAUGGCUGUACUUCUCUAUGUAGUCAGAGUGUUUUCCAAUGAUUUCUUGUUUCCAAGGGAAAAAUGGCAUCACUACAGAUGCAGGACAAGUACUCUUCA